GCAGCAACCGCCCUGUUGUUUCACGUUGUUUGGAUGUGGAGCAAACCAGCCCAAGCGCUUCCCUUUAAUGAAAGUCCUGUCUAUUCCUCCGGCUGCUGUUACUGCUUCUGCCGCACAAAGGAGAAGUCUAGCCCAGUCGAGAACAUUGAUCCAUUCCCCUCAUCCUUCUAGGCAGUUUCAACGAUGGGCCGGAGCGUGCUGCCUGUUUGCCUGUGUGUUUGCACGAAAUACCCUGUAUGCUGUACACCGUACAGAGGACGUACAGAGGGUGUACGUACUCCGUACUCUCUGUGCUCUGUAUGGAGCACACUCGCUCCGUGCCCUGCAGGGAUUUGUUCUGCCACUGGGCCACAGUCAUCAUAACAAAAAGAAUGGAUCGGUUGGCGCUGAGUCAACCGAAGGCAGCGCAAUGGCACACGCACUACAGGUACAAUUUCCGGGCAUAGUAUCACGAUCUGGCGCGUGAAGUCCCGUUUUCCG